AUGGAUAACGACGACCCUCGUAACGGCACCGAAGAAAACCACCGCGAGAUCAAGAAACCAAAGCUCACUCACGCCAUAACAGAACACGAGAUCCGCCACGAAUUCUCCCACCACGAAACCGCCGUCGCAAGAAUCAACAACGGCAGCUUCGGAAGCUGUCCUAACUCCGUUCUCGCUGCUCAAAACUCCUGGCAGCUCCGCUUCCUUCGACAACCAGACGACUUCUUCUUCAACAAACUCCGAAAAGGAAUUCUUGAUUCUCGUUUAAUCAUCAAAGAUAUCAUCAAUGCUGAUGACGUUGAAGAUAUCUCGCUCAUUGAUAAUGCUACCACCGCCGCCGCGAUUGUUCUCCAGCAAUUCGGCCGCCGAUUCUCCUCCGGUGAGUUUCGCGAUAACGAUUCUGUUAUAAUCUUCCAUUGCGCUUAUCAAGCCGUUAAGAAAUCUAUUGACGCUUAUGUCAUUCCCGUUGGCGGUUCUGUUGUUGAGGUCCAGCUACCUUUUCCUGUUCACUCCGAUCAAGAAAUUAUCGCCGAGUUCAAGAAAGGACUCGAGCGAGGUAAAGUUAAUGGUGGAAGAGUUAGAGAGGAAGAAGUGGAUCAGAUUUUUGUUGACGGUGCUCACGCCAUUGGAAGCUUGCGCGUCGAUGUUAAAGAAAUUGAUGCUGAUUUUUACGUGAGUAAUUUGUACAAAUGGUUAUUUUCUCCACCUUCUGUUGCUUUUAUGUACUGUAACAAGAAAUUGAAGGAUGUGCAUCACCCUGUGGUUGCGCAUGAAUAUGGAAAAGGUUUACCUGCUGAGAGUGCUUGGGUUGGGAUGCGAGAUUAUAGUCCUCAGCUUGUGGUGCCUACGAUUUUGGAGUUUGUGAAUCGGUUUGAAGGUGGAAUUGAAGGGAUUAUGAGGAGGAACCAUGAUAUGGUUGUGAAAAUGGGGAUUAUCUUAAAGGAAUCAUGGGGAACGAUUCUUGGUUCCCCGCCUGAAAUGUGUGCUGGUAUGAUCAUGGUGGGUUUGCCCUCGAAGCUUUGUGUGACGAGUGAUGAUGAUGCUUUGAGGUUGAGGUUUUAUCUUAGGGUUUAUCAUGCUGUAGAAGUUCCUGUAUAUUACCAAGCUCUGAGAGAUGCUGAAAGGGAUCCUAGAGACAAGGAUGGGUUUAUAACUGGCUAUGUGAGGAUUUCUCAUCAGGUGUAUAACACUGUUGAUGAUUACCACAGGCUCAAGACUGCAAUUAUUCAGAUUUUGGAGGAUGGAAAAAUUUGCAGCAAGCUUCCUAAAGAGUGA